AAGAGAAUUUUCGGUGUUCUUGGGAUGGUCGAUUUGUCUCACGCGACUUAUCUCAUCAUCAUUUCAAACUAUACGUGUACUGGACAGCUUCCUCAGGGUCAGAUUUUUACUGUGACAGGCAUCGAAAUACUACCUGUGUCUUCCGGUCCUCCGAUCCCAGAAGACGAAGACGAAAUGCGUAAUGUCGAUGACAGAGAAUACUCGACGCUCCGAGAGCUGUUCAGUAGCUACCAAUUAUUCUUUUCACCAGAUUUCGACGUCGCAAAAUCUCAACAAAGGCUUUCCUUUAAUUGCUCGCAGAACAUAUCUGACGGCUUUGUAUGGAAUUUCAAAAUUCUCAGUAAUUUGAACAAAGGAGACCCACCCAAAAGGUUCAAGUCAGGCUCCAUUCUUGUGCCGGUUGUAUGCGGAUUUUGUAAAAUUGUCACAACAAAAGUCAAAAGUCAAUCUUGCACCCUCGCCUUAAUAUCAAGAAGAUGUCGGUUCAGAUCAGGAGUACGUUUUUUCAGUCGAGGUGUUGACGAGAAUGGUUAUGUCUCGAACUUUGUUGUGAGUGAGCAGAUUCUGGUAUCCCAAGGCUUCACAAGUAGCUACGAGCUGAUCCGAGGUUCGAUUCCUUUGUAUUGGCAGGAAAGAGAGGCACUUGUUACACUCAAACCAACUCCAACGCUGAUCCAAGGACCUCAUGACGUUGCUAUGAAGAAGCACUUUGCUUUCUUGAAUGCAAAUUAUGGUGACAUUGGAGUUCUGAAUUUGAUAGAUCAUCACGGCGUUGAAGGAGAGAUCUGCAAAGCCUACGGUAAAUACAUGAUGAAGGAGAUGGAAGAAAAUUUGAAGGUUGUCAUUUACGAGCCAUUUGACUUCCAUAAGCAUUGUGGCAAAUCAGCCACAGGAGAAUCGCGUGAACAGAUCACAAAACUUCUGAAGAAGAUCGAUUCCUUGUGUCAUAACAACGUGCACCUUGUUCAACAUGAAGAAAGUCAGACAGCUCAAGUCAGAAUGCAGCAGAACUCUUUUUUUCGCGUAAAUUGCAUUGAUUGCCUGGACAGAACAAACGUCCUACAAGCUGCCAUUGGAAAGAAGGUUCUGUUAGAACAAUUGCAACGACAUGGUUUGCUGGGGGAGCGAGACAUCGAUGCUUGUCGUUAUGCUUCUCAGCAUGGAUAUGAUCUCCCCUUUCCCAAGCUGGAGUCAUCCUUUAGAGAGAUCUGGGCUGAUAUGGGCGAUGCAAUCUCACAUCAAUAUGCUGGAACGGGGGCACUGAAAGGAGAUUUUACUCGAUCCGGCAAGCGAACCAUGACCGGAAUUCUAGCAGAUGGGUUUGCUAAUGUCAAGCGAGCGGUUCAAAACAAUUUUGCUGAUGUCUACAAGCAACGGGUGAUAGAUUAUCUGCAAGGCAAU